AUGGCGAGAACGAGGACGACCGUGAGGCCGCCGAAUCCGCCGAGAAAGAAGCAAGCGUUCGUCGACAUCCUCGAUGAACUCGCGGACGUGUGCGAAAAGCUCGGGGACGGCAGACGCGCGAAAGCCUUCCUCGUCGCCUCGGAAAAGAUGAGAUCUCACGACGACGGCUCGGACGUCCUCUCCGAGGAGAGCCCGGCGGUCUACGCGAAGGUCGAAGGCGUCGGCGAAGCCGCUCUCGAGCUGAUGCACGAAUUCGUGACCUACCAGGACAACUGGUCGCCCUCGGGGGAGCUCGAAAUCGCGACGGAGCUGAAAGAGAAGCUCCUGGAACGACGCAAGGACGCGGCGCGCGCGGCCGCGAGAAAGAUUCACGCGCGCACUGGAGGAGGAGGAGACGCCGCGCCGCCUGGUCCCACCCCCGCGCUCCCUUCCGAGGUCCUCGCGGAGAUCUUCUACAUCGUCUCCAGAGACACCUCCCCGGACGUCGGCCUGCGGAACGUCCUGCGCGCGAGCCAGACGUGCCGGGGAUGGAGAGACGCGGAGCGAGAGUCGAGGUGGCUGUGGAGAAGCAUCCGCGAGGACCGCUUCGGCGCGGACCCGAAUGAGAACGACCCUGACGGCGACGACGGCGGCGACGACGACGACGGCGGCGACGCGCGCUGCGACCAUCGCGCGGCGUGUCGCCGCCUCGCGACCGGCGACGCCGUCGCGUGCGCGUACGAGCGCGGGAGAUGGCUGCGCGAGAUACAGGACGCGAAGACGUACGUCGUGAAGGUGUCGCAUCCGUUCGAGAUGGUGAGCGCGAGAGGGAGGUUUCUCACGACGACGCGCGAGACGGAAGACGAACCCGACCCGGAGCGACUCCACUUCCACGCGCGCGGCGCCGAGGACGUCGAUUACGUCGUCGAGAUCCCCGCGCGCGUCGGGAGGAAGAAGAAGGACGAAGACGGAGACGGAGACGCGCGGUCCGUCGAGAUCCCCGCGCGCGUGCACGAGCACGUUCUCGAGCUGCCUCUUCCGGACUUCCGCGGGUGGAUCCGAGACUGCGACGCGCGGUACGACGCGCUUCAAACGCGCGACGCGCCGCCGCGGGAUUGGUCGCUCCUGUCGCUUCCGGGCCGCAGACAGACGCGCUUGUUGGUCUCCGUCGGGGUCGUCCGCGACCGAGAGGACGCGAAAGGUCGCGGGAUGAAUACGAAUCGACGCGACGUGGAGACGCUCGCGUCGUUCGCCGCGACGGUGACGACGUACCCUCCGGAGGUGGAGCGGGAGCUGCUCGACCGCGCGAAUAAGGCGCGUUCUAUACACUGGUUCCCAUACGACCGCGUUCGCGUGGUGAACGCCGAUCCUUAA